AGAAAAUGAACUCUAUAUAUAUAUAUAUAUAAGGGACUAGCAGUGCCCCAUAUGAAAUAUCAUUCUCACUUAUAGCUCUUCUCCACAAGGUUUUCUGAGUGAUGGAAAUGAAGACCCAAAGGGUGGUGAUGUCCCAAAGGGUGGGACCAAUGGGUGGUAACAUGGGAGUAGCAUUCGACGAUGGUGUUUUUGACGGUGUGAAGAAAAUAGUUGUCGGAAGAGACCAGGGAUGUGUAUCAUAUAUCAAGAUCGAAUACGAAAAGGACGCGAAAUUUGAAACCCGUGAACACGGGACGAUUCGGGGGCCACUACAAGAGUUUGCUGUAGAAUAUCCCAAUGAAUAUAUAACAUCCGUUGGUGGAAGCUUCGAUCUUGUUCCAUUCUAUAACGCAGUUCUGAUCAAAUCACUAGUCUUCUAUACCUCAUAUAGAAGAACCUCUCCGACCCUCGGUGUGGCUGGAGGAAGAGCUUUCUGGCUCGAGGGUAGAACUGGAGGAAGGCUUCUUGGUUUCCAUGGACGCUCUGGUCAGGCUCUUGAUUCCAUUGGACCUUACUUCUUCGCUCCAAAUCCUCCUCUUAGGCAUUUCGAACGCCAAGGUGGUAAUGGAGGGACUCCAUGGGACGAUGGUGCUUACGAUGGUGUUAGAAAAAUAUUAGUGGGCCGAGGUGGUAGGUUUGUGAGUUAUUUUAGGUUUGAGUAUGCGAGAGGCGAAAGAAUGGUACCACAUGCUCAUGGGAAGAGACAAGAGGUUCCACAAGAGUUUGUGGUUGAUUAUCCUCAUGAACAUAUUAUAUUGGUGGAGGGAACAGUCGAUGUCUGCCUUACAUCGGUUAUGUUUAAGACAUCAAAAGGAAGAACCUCCCGUGUUUUUGGGAAUGUGGUUGGUAGGAAAUUUGUGUUUGAGGAGAAAGAUUUCAAGAUUGUCGGAUUUUGUGGUCGAUCUGCUGAUGCUAUUGAUGCUCUUGGUGCACAUUUUGGCCCUCUUCGCACUCCAGCUCCAGCUCCAUCUCCUGCCCCCGGUCCUGCUCCCGCUCCCGCUCCAGGUUCUCAUCCAGCUCCCGCUCCUGGUCCAGGUCCCCGUCCAGCUCCCGCUCCUGGUCCAGGUCCCCGUCCAGCUCCAGCUCCCGCUCCCGCUCCUGCUCCUGCUCCUGGUCAAGGUCCCCGUCCAGCUCCCGCUCCUGGUGCAGGUCCCCGUCCAUCUCCUGCUCCUGGUCCAGGCCCCCGUCCAGCUCCCGCUCCCGCUCCCGCUCCCGGUCAAGGUCCCCGUCCAGCUCCCGGUCCAGCUCCCGGCCAAGGUCCCCAUCCAGCUCCCGCUGCUGCUCCUGGUACCAGUGCCACUCCAGCUCCAGCUCCCACUACCACAAAGAUAGGACCGGUGGGUGGUGAGAAGGGAAACACAUUUGAUGAUGGUAUUUUCGAUGGUGUGCAGAAAAUAACUGUGGGGAAAGACAUAUACAGCGUAACUUAUAUCAAGACCGAAUACACAAAGGAAGGAAAAGUCGAAAUCAGUGAACACGGGACAAAUCGGGGGGAGCUAAAAGAGUUUUCGGUGAAUAAUCCGAAUGAUUAUAUCACAGCCGUUGGUGGAAGCUACAAUCAUAUAUUCAACUACGAUACAACGCUUAUCACAUCGCUAUACUUCACAACCUCGAAAGGAUUUACCUCUGCAUUAUUCGGUAAGAUGAGUGGAGAAGAAUUCAAUCUAAAAGGUGAAAAUGGAGGAAAGCUUCUUGGAUUCCAUGGACAAGCUGGUCAUGCUAUAGAUGCCAUUGGGGCUCAUUUCGAAAGAGGUUCUGGCAUUUGAAGGAAGUUAAGGAGAAAAGUUACUAGAUCAUUCGGUUCAAUGAAAAGGCUGGUUAUUUGGUUCAUCAGAUGGGAAUCUAUGUCGUUCUCAUUAUAACCAAUUGGAGACUUACUCUUUAGUUUCCUCUUUCUCUUUGUUUCUAGAAAAUAAGGUCACUCAGACGUCUUGUUAAGCUUUUCAGCUUUUAACUAUGUUUAUGUGUGUAUUAGUAUUACUGUAUUAGUCGCUUAAAGUGAUCAUGUGAUGUGAGUGGUGUCGUUUGCCGAUUAUAAUAAAGAAUGUUACUUUUC